AUGGCAAGCAACAGAUCGUCUGUCGGCAGUGCUAAGAGCAUCAAAACAUCAGCAUCAUCAGUAAGCGCAGCCCGCGCCCGGGCUGAAGCAGAAGCUGCAAAGGCAAAGUCACAUGACACUUUCAUGACAUGGCAUCCAGCGGAGGAAGACGACUAUCAACCACAACCUGUCAGCAAGGAAAAUGCUGACAGUAAACAACCAUCGCCACCACAUUUACAUGACCCAACUAAAGCUGAGACAAAGGCGAAGGUUAGUAGAGCUAACCCCACCAUGCACGCUCAUGCUCCGUCGUAUACUCCGCUACAUUCCCCUCAAACUGGCACACCCAUGUACCCUUUAGGGGAGCCUUUGGCACAGUAUUUGGCACGACGAGACCUUGUGACUUCAGGGCUGUACCAGUUCGAUGACAAGCCAGAGAAUUAUCGGGCAUGGUACUCCUCUUUCUCCAGUGCAGCCAGUGAAGUUAACCUCACAGCAACCCAAGAGUUGGACCUCAUGACCAAAUGGCUGGGAAAAGAAUCUAGCGAACAGGUUAAACGCAUACGAUCGGUGCAUGUCAACAACCCCAAUCUGGCUCUAGACAAAGCAUGGGAACGGUUGCGUGAAUCCUAUGCCGCCCCCGAAGUCAUUGAAAAGUCAAUGUUUCAGCGCUUAGACAACUUUCCGAAGAUUUCAGCCAAGGAUCAUUUGAAGUUACGUGAACUUGGAGAUCUACUUACGGAGAUCCAAGGUGCUAAAGAAGAUGGAUAUCUGGCCGGCUUGUCCUACCUGGACACCUCACGCGGCAUUGGACCAAUCGUAGACAAACUUCCUUACGGGCUUCAGGAGAAGUGGGUGUCUGCAGGGUCACGGUGUAGAACAUUCAGGAACAAACUCCUCGAUGAUAGAAAGGCCUUCCUCAAAGAGAAAGGAAUAUGUUUCAAGUGCUGUGCCUCCAGCUCCCAUCUUGCCAAAGACUGCAGGUCCCCUGUGAUGUGCUUUGAAUGCAACAGCACCGGUCAUGAUACAGCCAUGCACCCUGGCCCACCUCCUCAAACUGUCAAGGCUCCUCCACCGUCACAAGAGUACGGCGGGGAGGGAGAUCAUCCCGACAUGGCUGUCGUUGGAGCAACAUGCACAGAAGUUUGCGGUCCAGGCCAGUGGAGCCGUUCAUGCUCAAAAAUCUGUCUCGCAAAGCUUUACCCCAAGGGUUCAAAGGACAUGGCCAUCAAAGCCUAUGUAAUCCUGGAUGACCAGAGCAAUCGCUCAUUAGCAAGACCAGAGUUCUUUGAGCGGUUCAGUGUGAAGAGCGAACCAUUCCUGUACCAUCUCAGAACUUGCUCUGGCAUCAUAGAAACAUCCGGCAAGAAGGCAGAAGGAUUCGAAAUCGAGUCACUGGACGGCACAGUUCUCAUUUCUCUCCCACCACUCAUUGAGUGUCAUGAGAUCCCGAAUAAUCGGUCUGAGAUUCCAACACCAAACGCUGUUUUUCAUCAGCCUCAUCUCCGCCACAUUGCAGAGCACAUCCCUGAACUGGACCCAGAGGCAGAAAUACUACUGCUGCUAGGAAGAGAUGUUCUCAGGGCACACAAGGUAAGGCAGCAGGUCAACGGACCACAUAACGCCCCCUUUGCCCAACGUCUGGACUUGGGUUGGGUAGUGAUAGGGGAAGUGUGCUUGGGUAAUUUACAUAAACCAACAGUCAACACGUUCAAGACGAAUGUGCUGGACAGCGGUCGCCACUCAAUCUUUCAACCCUGUACAAGCUUCAUGCACGUCAAGGAGACACAUCAAAGCUCUGGAACAGCACCCGAGAGAAUGCUGGGACAGACAGUGUUCAACCGUACUGAGAACGACAACAAACCUGCUCCAUCAGUGGAAGAUACCAUCUUCAUGAAGAUAAUGGACACAAACGUCUACAGAGACGACGCUAACAGUUGGGUCGCCCCAUUGCCCUUCAGAGAAGUACGACGGCCUUUACCAAAUAACAAAGAGCAGGCACUCAAUCGGUUUGCAUCCCUGCAACGAACCUUGAAAAGAAAACCGGAGAUGCAAGAACAGUACGUGACAUUCAUGAAGAAGGUCUUUGCCAAUGGACAUGCCGAGGAAGCACCACCGCUGAGAGAAGAGGAGGAGUGCUGGUAUCUCCCAACGUUUGGAGUUUAUCACCCUCAGAAACCCAAUCAGAUCAGAGUUGUCUUUGACUCCAGUGCGCAGUACUCCGGUGUCUCCCUCAACGACGUGCUCCUCACUGGACCCGAUCUCAACAACUCCCUCAUUGGGGUUCUUUUACGUUUCCGGAAAGAGAGAGUUGCAAUCCUCGCAGACAUCCAACAGAUGUUUCAUUGUUUCUUAGUGCACGAAGACCAUCGCAACUUCCUCCGGUUUUUGUGGUAUAAAGACAGUGACGUGAACAAGGAAGUUGUUGAGUACCGGAUGAACGUCCACGUCUUUGGCAACUCACCGUCUCCUGCUGUUGCCACUUAUGGGCUGCGAAGAGCCAUAAGAGAGGGUGCACGAGAGCAUGGAGCUGAUACUGUCGAGUUUGUGGAAAGACAUUUCUAUGUGGAUGAUGGCCUAAUAUCACUACCGUCUGAAACCGAGGCCAUCGAUCUUCUUCAACGAACACAGGCCUCUCUCGCCGAAUCAAACCUACGCUUACAUAAGUUCGUAUCAAACAGCCCAGUAGUCACAGAGGCUUUUCCGCCCGAAGAUUGCGCUCCAGUCGUCAAAGACCUAGAUUUGAGUGGAGAAACUGAACCCACACAACGGAGCUUAGGUCUGCUCUGGGAGAUCACGUCCGACACGUUCACUUACUCAGCAUCAAACGUGGAUAAACCAUUCACUCGACGUGGAGUCCUCUCCACAGUCAACAGCAUUUUUGAUCCCCUGGGUCUACUGGCACCCGUCACUAUCCAGGGAAGAGCCCUCCUUAGGGAGCUUACAUCCGAACUGUCUGACUGGGAUACACCCCUCCCAGAAGACAAAUCAAGCAGAUGGGCAGGUUGGAAAGAUUCCCUCCAAGACCUGAAACAGCUUCAUGUUCAGCGCACAUACACGACAACCUCCCUCACGAAAGCUGUCCACAGGGAAUUGUGUGUGUUCUCGGACGCGUCAAUCAAAGCCAUCGGUGCUGUGGCCUACUUGAAGAUGGUGCAGGAAGAUGGGAAGACCGAAGUAGGUUUCGUUAUGGGUAAGGCCAAGCUGGCACCCCUGUCAGAACCGACAAUACCAAGGCUUGAGCUGUGUGGCGCUGUCUUGGCAGCAGAGAUGGCAGAUCUUAUCAAAGAUGAGCUGGACCUGAAGUUAGAUGCCAUUACGUUUUACACGGACAGCAGAGUAGUGCUUGGCUAUAUUUGCAACGAAACAAAGCGAUUCUACACAUAUGUCCACAACAGAGUCCAACGAAUCCGGCAGUCCUCAAAGCCCGAGCAAUGGCACUACGUAUGUACAGAAGAGAACCCUGCCGACUACGCAUCAAGGUCUUUACCCGCAUCCCGCCUGGCACAGACCUCUUGGUUCACUGGACCUUCUUUCCUGCGUCAGCCACCAGCGGAGAAAACGCAGACAGCUGAGAGAUUCAGGUUAAUCGACCCUGAAAAAGACUCCGAAAUCCGACCACAGGUACAAACUUCAGCUACUUACCUGGAGGAAUCAAUACUCACCUCUGGUCGUUUCGAGCGCUUCUCCACCUUUACUUCACUGGUAAGAGGAAUUGCAUUCCUCGUGCACAUGGCAAGAUCCUGCAAACAUUCAAACCAAGACAGCAGGUGCAAAGGCUGGCAUAAAUGUAACUUACCUCGGACUCUAGACGAAAUGGCACAAGCAAGGAAAGUUAUCUUUAAAGCAGCUCAGAAAACAGUCCUGGCAAAAGAACUGGCAGUUCUCCAUGCCAACAAAACCAUACCAAAGAACAGUCCUCUGAGGACACUCAACCCAAUCUUGGAGGGUGACCUCAUCUGCGUUGGAGGGCGACUAAAGCACUCUCAUCUUGCUACCGCAGAGAAGAACCCAAUAGUUCUGCCCAAAGGGAGCCACAUUUCCCUACUGCUCACACGGCAUCACCAUGAGCAGGUGAGACACCAAGGCCGUCACCUGACGGAAGGAGCGAUUAGGGCAGCAGGACUGUGGCUCUUGGGAGGCAAGAAGCUCAUUAACUCAGUAAUCCACAAAUGCGUAACCUGUCGCAAGCUACGCGGGAAGCUGGAGGAACAAAAGAUGGCAGACCUGCCUUCAGAACGUCUUGAAAUCUGCCCUCCUUUUACAUAUGUGGGCCUCGAUGUAUUUGGGCCCUGGUCUGUUACAAUCAGACGCACCAGAGGAGGACAGGCAGAGAGCAAGCGUUGGGCCAUCAUGUUCAGUUGUAUGAGUUCCAGAGCUGUUCACAUCGAAGUAAUCGAAUCUAUGGACACAUCCAGUUGUAUAAAUGCCCUCAGACGUUUCUUCGCACUCAGAGGCCCAGCUAAACAGCUAAGAUCUGAUUGCGGCACCAAUUUCGUUGGAGCAAGCAAGGAGCUUGGGAUGGACAAAUCAGUACAAAGGUACCUCGGUGAACAAGGAUGUAGCUGGGAAUUCAACCCCCCGCACGCCUCUCAUAUGGGAGGUUCCUGGGAGCGUAUGAUUGGCGUUGCCAGAAGAAUCCUCGACUCAAUGCUCCAACAGCAAAACACUUGCUUGACCCAUGAAGUGCUUUGCACACUAAUGGCGGAAGUCACGGCGAUUAUGAAUGCACGCCCACACUUACCUGUGUCUACAGAUCCCGAGAAACCUUUCAUACUUUCUCCGUCCAUGAUCCUUACACAGAAGUCGGGAGUUACACCUCCUCCUGGAGACUUUUCCGACAAGGAUCUGUACACAAAGCAAUGGAGACAAGUCCAGGCCCUCGCAAACCAGUUCUGGACCCGCUGGAGCCGAGAAUACUUACCUUCCUUGCAGCACAGACAGAAGUGGACAGUGCCCCGCAGAAAUCUUCAGGUUGGAGAUCUGGUUCUGCUCAGGGACAAGCAGGCCGCUCGCAACAACUGGCCUAUGGCCAGAGUCAAUGCCACAUUCCCUGGGAAAGAUGGGCAUGUAAGGAAGGUCGAAGUGAAAACAACUGACCAAGGCAAUGUUAAAACCUUUCUCCGACCGACUGCAGAGAUUAUUCUGCUCCUUCCUGAAGACUGA